GGGAAAAAAAGACCUGAAUUUGCAUUGAAUGUCAUCCGAUUGACAUCUCAGUGAAAUACAGUACCCCAAUUAAAACCUCAAUAAAUUUCCAAUCACUUCAAUCUCAUCAACCAAAAGAAAAAAAACACAACUUCAGUUUAAAGUAAAAUACAAUCCAACUUGAAUAUAAAUACCUAAACAAACGAAAAAAAGUUCAUCAAGUCAUCAUGACUAAACCAACAUCAGAAUUAAAUCAAAGAAAAUCAGUUAAAGAUUCAAAUGGGAUUGCAAAUUAUACUAAAUUUUGGAAAUCAGAUUCAAAUCAAGAUAAUCAAUCAGAUCAUCAAAAAAGAAUCGAUGAAUAUGAAAACGUAACGAAUUCAUACUAUGAUGGUGCAACUGAUUUAUAUGAAUAUGGUUGGGGUAAAAAUUUUCAUUUCGCUAGAUAUUACCCUGGUGAAUCAUUUUAUCAAGCCAUUGCAAGACACGAACACUUUUUAGCAUCAAAGAUUGGAUUAAAACCCGGUAUGAAAGUCUUAGAUGUAGGUUGUGGAGUCGGAGGACCAGCACGAGAGAUACAUAGGUUUAGUGAAGUGAAAAUCAUUGGAAUCAAUAAUAAUCAAUAUCAAAUCAAUCGAGCUAAAAAGUAUAAUUCAGAUGUAAAGAUUUCGGAAGAUCAAAUCGAGUUUGUUAAAGGUGAUUUUAUGAAACUGGUUGAACAGUUUGGUGAAAACUCUUUUGAUGCUGUUUAUGCUAUCGAAGCUACUUGUCAUGCUCCAACUUGGGAAGGUGUUUAUGGUGAGAUCUUUAAGGUUUUAAAACCGGGUGGGGUCUUUGGAAUGUAUGAAUGGUGUAUGACGGAUGAAUAUGAUAAAACGAAUCCAGAACACAGAAAGAUUAGUCAUGGCAUCGAAUUAGGAGAUGGAAUAGCCGAAAUGAGAACCAUCAAAGAAGCAAGAUCAGCCUUAAAAUCAGUAGGAUUCGAAAUCCAAGUCGAACAAGAUUUAGCUGAUGUAGGUGAUGAGAUCCCUUGGUUUUAUCCUUUACGUGGUAAUUUAAGUGAAUGUCAAACUUUAUGGGAUUAUGUGAUGGUCUUUAGAAUGACUUGGAUGGGUAAAGUCAUCACUCAGAGUACUGUAAAGGUUUUAGAAUUCUUGGGAAUGGCUCAUAAAGGUACUUUUGAAGUCGGUGAAGCUUUGAAGGUCGCGGCUGAUGCUUUAGUGGCUGGUGGUGAAAGUAAAUUGUUUACUCCAAUGAUGUUGUUUGUUUCUAAGAAACCAGAGAAUUAGAUUUGAAUCACCAAACUUUGAACUUUUUCAGUCUUUUUGGCUUAAUCAAUCAAAUCUCGAUAUUCAAUCUCUUUAUGGAUUCUCUCUACUCAUACCUUCACUUCAUUUCAUUCAUUUAUAAAUAUACUCUACUGAUCAAUAAUGGAUUUGUAUUGUUCAUUCAUUGGUUAUCAAAGAUUGAAUGACAAAAGAAGAAUGUAAAGACUUGAUAUUUUUUUUUGGAUGAUUUUUACUUUAUUUUCUUCUUUAACUCUCAAUGUUUUCUUUCCUUAUUCUUGAUCUUGAACAUUUCAUUGAUUAAUUCUUGGUAUAUCAUAUCAAUCAUUCAGAAUGAUUUGAUCAAGUUGGAAAUUGUUUGGAUUUAAAUUGUGAUCGAUCGAUUUUAUGAAUUAUUAUUCUCAUGAAUCCUCACCUUC